AUGAUUCUAAGCUUGGCGCUAGUGUUUCUGCUCUUCCAGCAGGUUUUAGGUGCCACUCAUGUUUACAACUGGACCACUGGAUGGGGUUACGCCAAUCCAGAUGGUAUCAAGAGAAGAGAGGUGGUUACCUGUAAUGGUGAAUUUCCUUGGCCAUCAGUUCGUGUCACCAAGGGCGACAGAGUUAUUAUCAAUUUAACUAAUGGGUUUAACGAUUCUAAUACUACUUUACAUGUUCACGGUAUGUUCCAAAAUGGUUCCACUCAGAUGGAUGGACCACCAUUCUUAACACAAUGUCCAAUCAGCCCUAAUGAUACUUUUACCUAUAACUUUACGGUUUCUGACAAUGCAGGUGCCUACUGGUACCAUUCGCACACGGAUGCUCAGUAUGAAGAUGGUAUGAGAGGUUUAUUCAUCAUUGAUGAUGGUGAAAAUAACAAAAAUUUCCCCUACGAUUACGAUGAAGAAGUGUUGCUUGAAAUUGGUGAGUGGUACGAUCAGACUGUGGCUAAGUUGAAACCAGCUUUCUUAUCAUUGACUAAUCCAACUGGUGCUGAACCCAUCCCACAAAAUUUACUGAUCAAUAAUACCAGAAACUUGACGUGGAACGUGGAACCCAAUAAGACUUAUCUGUUACGUAUUGUUAAUACCGGUGGGUUCGUCUCACAAUAUUUCUGGCUUGAAGACCACGAAAUGGAGGUUGUUGAAGUUGAUGGUGUCGUUACCGAAAAGAAUGCGACAGAUAUGCUGUAUAUCACCGUUGCUCAGAGGUAUUCUGUUCUGGUGAGGACGAAGGAUAAUAAGGAUAAAAAUUAUGCUAUUAUGCAGAAAUACGACGAUAGCAUGCUUGAUAAGAUUCCCAAACAUUUGUUGUUAAACCAGACUUCUUAUAUGACUUACGAUUCCAGUAAACCUAAGCCCGAAGAAGCAUAUGUGAAUUCUCUUGACAAUUUCCUCGAUGAUUUCUAUUUGGUGCCUUAUCAUAAACAGGAAUUGCUACCAGAACCAGAUCACAGAAUUGAAUUGACGGUGGCCAUGGAUAAUUUAAUCAGUGGUAAAAACUAUGCUUUCUUCAACAAUAUCACUUAUACUACACCAAAGGUCCCCACUUUGAUGACUGUUCUAUCUGCCGGUAAAUAUGCCAGUAACAGUUACAUCUAUGGUACUAACACGAAUACCUUUGUCUUGAAGAGAAACGAAAUCGUCGAAAUCGUUCUCAACAGUCAAGAUACAGGUACCCACCCAUUCCAUUUACACGGUCACGUCUUUCAAACAAUUGCUCGUGCAGGCGCUGUUGAUGAUAACGAUCCUCCGCUUCCAUUUGAUCCUAAGAACCAUACAAGUUUCCCCGAAUACCCAAUGUUGAGAGAUACGAUUUACGUAAGACCGCAAUCAAAUUUCGUCAUUAGAUUUAGAGCUGAUAAUCCAGGUGUUUGGUUUUUCCACUGUCACAUCGAAUGGCAUUUGAUACAAGGGCUAGCAAUUGUUCUUGUGGAAGAUCCAGAAGGAAUUCAAUCCAACCCAUCGCAAUACUUAACAGACUCCCAUAAACGCGUUUGUAAAAAUUCUGGUGUCCCCAUUGAAGGUAAUGCUGCUGGCACCACAGACUGGUUCAAUUUGGCUCUUGAAAACAAACAGGAAAAAUCAAUUCCAAGUGGAUUCACAGCCAAGGGUUAUGUGGCAUUUGUAUUUUCAUGCGUGGCGGGUGUACUUGGUCUAAUUACAAUUACCAUCUAUGGUCUCAUGGAUUUGCAAAAUGUCGAGGAGAAAGUCAUCGAGGAUCUCCAGAUCCCUGCAACAGAUUUGCUCGAAGAAGACGAUGAUGAAGAAAUUGAGACUAACCAAGUAUAUGCAAAAUCUGGCAAGUCUGAAGGAGGCACACUAGAAGAAGAACAAAAAUUACGGGAUCACGAAACCACCAAAGAAGUAUCUAAAACUUCUUCCAAAUAA